AUGGCGGUUGGUCCAACGAGUCAGCCGCGCAGCAGCUGCUUCACGCUUCGCCUCUUGGGCAAACAGAAAUCCACCAAGAGCAAGAGGCAGUCCACCGUGCAUCCCGUGGGGGAUCUCACCGCUCACCCAGCGCCCGCCGCGGAACAGCCACGUGGCGAUAGUAGGAAUGGCGCCGCGAGAGCUGGACGCGGACAGGUCGCAGGAGUAGAGAUUUAUACCGCCACAGCUGCGCCAGCAGUCACUGUUUCACAUAGUCAUCGCGCGCAGAAUGACCGUCCCGAAGCCGACGACGGCCGGCGAGUGCAAUACGCGCAGGAUCUAGCAGCGGCGCCGCUAGAGCGAUCUCUAGAGCGCGCCGAGCGAAGUCUUGUGGCAGCAGCCGUAGCUGGCGCUGCGUCCACAUCGCCAUGCGAAUCAUCGGCAGGAACGCCGGGGCCGCAGGUAGCGGCUGGAAUUCGGCUAAAGCUGCAUCGUGUGGAAGAGGAGCCGUCCAGCUCAGAUGCGCCUGAUGCCGUCCCCCAAGGCUCCAACGGCGAACAUCCCAAGUAUCUUGUCGCGCGCUCCUCGAGCAGCGACUUUUGCGACGAUACGCGAUCCAUGCAAUCCUCGCGGCGGCCGUCGCUCACCGGCGGGCGAAGCUACGAGAAGGUGCGGCGGGAGGGGCAGGAGCUGUACCGGCGGAAGGAGUACGCGGCGGCGGCGGAGAGCUACGGGGAGGCGAUGCUGGCGCUGCUGCGCGAGGCGGGGCGCGACGACGCGACGAAGCGGUCGCUGCAGGCCGUGCUACUCGCCAACCGCGCCAUGUGCUUCCGCUACCUGGGCAGGUCCGUGCUGCCGAUACCGCUUAGAUGGCGCUUUGAUCUUUCGCACAAGGUCUUCUCGUCGACUCUUGGCAGUUUUUCGCAUACCUCGCGCCUCAUCUCUUCCCCCAAAUUCCCGUCUUGGCCAUGCGACUUCCCCCACGCGUCGCGCAGGAACGAGGAGGCGAUACGCGACUGCCACGCAGCACUGGCGUCCGACUUUUGCGCGGGCCAGACGCUGCUGCACAUCGAGGAGGUUCUCGAGGAAUGCGGCGACCUUCGCGGCGCGCUCGCGUGCCACGUGGCGUCCGUGCAGCGCGCGCUGGACGAGCGGCCGAGCGGCGAGAUUCCCAAGGAGGAGGCUACGGAGGUGGAGCGCGUGCGACGGCAGCUGAUUGGCGAGCGAGAACUGGCGAUUCAGUGGAAAAAGGUUCCCGCCAAGGGCAAACCGCCGCUCGGCGCGCAGAUGUCGGCGGUGGAGUGGCGCGGGCAGGUGAUUCUGUUCGGCGGCACGGACCGCAGCCACAACCUGCUGCCCAACGACCUCCACAUCUUCGACACGUACAAGUCCGAGUGGUUGCUCGUGCACAUCCCCGGCCUGCGCCCCGCCGCGCGCGCCGGCCAUCGCGCCGUGGUCCACGGCGACUGCAUGUAUGUCUGCGGCGGCGGCCACUCCACGGAUUUCGACAUGUGGCGGCUUGAUUUGGUGACCAUGGACUGGGAGCCCGUGCCGGCCGCGCCGGGGCUGCCGGCCGGGUCGACCGAGGACGAGUCAGAGCAGCGCUCCGACGAGCAUCCCGCUAACUUGGCGGGUCGGGAUUUGGCGCCUCGGGGCCAGGCGCCGCCAGGAUUGGUGCAGCACAGCGUGUGCGUCGUUGACGGUCGGCUGCUCGUGUGGGGCGGCUUCGUUGUCGGCCGGCCGCCGCUCGAGCGGCACGCUAACAGGCAGCACCUGUACGAGUUCGACUUCGAGACGGGCGAAUGGCGGCGCGACACGUGGCAGGGGGAUUACCUUCCGAAGGCGUAUCAGGACCGCGGCGUGGGCACGUGCGCGGGCGUGGCGAGUUGCAGAGAGGGCGGCAGGAGCGAGUCCGUUGAGAUUAUGUCGUUCUUCGGCAGUCGAAAGACGCUCGUGCCGCGAUCCGGGCUCAUCAUGGACGAGUCGAUCGCGACCGUCGAUCGCCUCCUGCUGGGCGAGCGCCGAUGGCAGCCCGUGCCGCUGCUCGGGCCGCGCGUCCCCGCGGCGCGGUCGGAGGCAGCGUUCCUGUCGCUGCCGGAUUACGCGGCGACGCUGUGUGUUGGCGGGUACUAUGAAGGCGCGAUUCACCGCGACGGGUGUCGGUACUACGGCGACGCGUGGCUGUGGCACCACGACCUGGGCAUCUGGUCGCCGCUCGCCGCCAAGGGCGACGACUUCCGCGCCGGCGCGCACUUCUGGCUCGUGCAGCGCGCCGACGGCGCCGUCUUUGCUGGCGGCGGCUUCUGCGGCACGCCCAUCACGACCAUGUUCGGAACCGUCUACGAAGCCACCAUCGUUGCGCCCAAAGUGCGCUGCCCGCCUCCCCCCCGCGCCCCCGCGCGCUCCCUUCCCCUCGCCCACCCCAUCGCGCCCGGCUCCCCGCUCCUAGCGCUCCCCGCGCCUCCUUCCGCCGCGCCCAUUCUUGCGCUCCCUUGGGGCUCUUCCCCGUCGCCUGGCCGCGGAACUUCCGUCUCCUCCUCACCCUCCCCCCCGCCGCACUCCUCCCCGCGCCCCCUUUCCGCCUGCUCCUCCUCCUCCUCCCUGCGCACGCCCGGCACGCCGCUCAUGCCCAUCGUGCGCUCCGCUUCCGCCGCCGCGUUCCGCCAAGGCGCGAGGGCGGGUGCGCACGGGGAAGGGGAGAAGCUGGGUGCGGCGGGGGGAAUGGUCGUGAUGAGCCGCUGCAACACGCUACCCGCGCAGUACUCUCCGCCGAGCGGGGGGAUGGCGGGGGGAGAGGGCGGCGUGAGCGCGGGCGGAGGCUUCAGCGCGUGGGACGAGCGACAGCUGGCGCUGGGAUCCGCUGACGUCAGCACGGAGCAUCACGACGCGAACGUGCGGUUCAAGGCGAAAGAAGAAGCGCCGUACGAGCCGCCGCUGGGACCAGUCAACAUUAAGAUUCUAAAGCUCGAGUUUGAACGACGGCGUGAGAACCGGCUGAAGACGAAAGCGGAGAUGGCGGCGGCGGGCGCAAUGGCGGCAAUGCGGCGCGUGAGGGCGCAGCAAGGGGACCAGAUGGGCGCAGGGGUGGCGCAGUCCCUGCUGCUGCACGUGCGAAUGAGACAAAUCGACCCGCCCAUCUGGAGGCGCAUGGAGGUGUCGGGGCACAUGACGCUGCGCCAGUUCCACAAACAUGUGCUGCGCCUCUCCAUGGGCUGGGCCAGGGACCAUCACGCCUACAAGUUCCGGUCCUCCUCAGGCCCGUGUCCCGGCGUCUGGUUCGGCCCGACCCUGUCCGCCGCGCCUGACUUUGCCCUGGCGCGCAUGCUGGGGCAGGGCUUGGCGGACGACAACUGUGUGCUGCUGGGGGAGGUGCUCGUCAAGGAGGGAGACCGCAUGGCAUAUGUGUAUGACCUCACGGACCGCUGGGAGCACGAGAUUGUGCUGCUGCACUGCACACCCGGCCCGCCUCACCGCCCUCUGAGGGCGGAGGUGGUGGAUGGGUGGGGGGCAUGUCCCCCAGAGGACGUGGGGGGCAUGGGGGGAUACCUGCGGCUGCUGGAGAGAGUGCGCAGCAGCCAUGGCAGCAAGCGCGAUGCCGCUUGCACCUGGGUGCUGAAAGCUGCUAAUAAGAGCCACCUUGACUCGUUUGACCCCACCAAUUUCCCCCUCAACGCCUGCAGAGCAGCGUUGGAGAAGCAUCUAGCAUCAGCGGCGCUCACCCCGCCAUCCAACCAUCUCGACCCUCGCGACACGGCGAAGGCUAGUGUGAUUCUUGAACCUGCUAGGUUCUCAGCUGCAGCCUUCACGCCGUUCAAGCUUGGGUGUCGAGUCGAUCCUUUUACGCGGUUCGGGGAUACGCGGCCGACAUGGGCGCCGGCCAAAGGAGGCGAGGAGCAGGGCGGCUCGCGCAUGUUCGGGCCGAGCCAAAAGUACUCCGCUAGAGACGUCGCCAGCCACACGAGCCUCAAACCCAGGAAGGAGGGGCAGGUGACGAAGGAGGAGGUGAAGCGGCGGGAUUUACGGGGAGAGCUAGAGGAGCGCGAGAGGCGGCACUUCGCCGCCAAGGAGAAAGAGCACCAGCUGUGCACCGACGACCGCAAACGAACCGCCGGCUUGCUGUUACCAGGCAGUGGGGCGUUGGGAGGGCGGAAGGAGGUGGAGGAGCGGUUGAUACCCCGAGCAGCAGACGCGGAUGACUCCGAUGGGGAGGACAGAAAGGGCGGGGGGGGUGAUGACGAGGAUGAGAGCGAUGAUGACGAGGACGAUGACGAGGAUGACACCAUGGAGCUGCUUGCUGAGCUGGAGCGAAUCAAGAAGGAGCGAGCCGAGGAGAAGCUGCGCAAGGAGAAGGAGCAGGCGGAGCAGGAGGCGAAGGCGCGGGAAAGAGAGAUGGCGCGUGGCAACCCCAUCAUGGCUGCUGGUGGCUCUGCCUUUGCUGUCAAGCGCAGGUGGGACGACGAUGUGGUGUUCCGCAACCAGGCCAAGGACGAGCAGAAGCCCACCAAGCGGUUCAUCAACGACACCAUUCGCAGCGACUUCCACCGCCGCUUCCUCAACAAAUACAUGAAAUAG